AAAAGAAAGAUGAAGGUACCAAGUUGCUUUGGUUUCAUUUCAACUUGGAUAGCCAAAAGGAAAGAGAAACGUAGGGAAAAGAAAAGAAAGGCUAUUGCUAGCCGCACCCCCACACCAACGCUAGUUCAAUAUGAGCAUAGAAAAGCACGUGGCGGGGAGUCUUUUACCAUUGAAGUAGAUUGCAAACCAAUAGUCAUGAAGCCGAUAUUGCCGCCAAUUAAGAAAGCUGACGGGCCUAUACGCCUAGCUUGUGAGGCUCGACAAGAAAAGGCCGAGGCCAAAAGAAAUGAGGAGCUUUCAAAAAAGAAGGUACUGGCAAGAGAGCACCAGAGAAAAAAAACUGAAUGCAAGCAACGAAAGGACGAGUCCGAACACCGGUUUCAGGAAAGAGUUCGACUCACUAUCAGAUAUAGACAAGCAGACGCCGAAAGGAAUAGGAGCCGCAUGUUGGAUCAAAGAGGAAGCAUUAGCCGAAUGUCAACCAGAGCAAGAAGCUCACUGGCUGUUUCCUCCUCCUCAGAGUCUGUCGACGAGGGCAAUAAGAAAGCCCUCAAGGUCGGCAGCUCUCAUUAAAUUUUAGGCCGGUCGACACACCCUAUAAAUAGUAGGCCACAUACAUAAUGCUAUUGUCACGUGAUAGGACGUUUUCUUGACAUAAACUACAAAAAAAAGCAGCUUAAUUCCUUUUCUCUUACUCAUUUUUAAUUUUAUAAUGUAAAAAUUCUUCUUUUUUUUUUCAUUUUAUUAUCAGAUGAUCAUAUUUUCUCGCCGUUUUUGCAUUUACUCUUUUUUGUGAUCCUUCAAUACGAAUUUCAAAUCAUAUUGUGUGUAUCAAAUGUCUAUGACAAUUUAUUCAGACAAGCAUUUAUUUUCAGUUUGUCUUUACUUUCUUCAUUUUUAAACUCCUGCUUUUGGAAAACAAGCUUAACUCAUCUCGCACAUAGUCUUGUUAAAUUUUCAAUUGACCAAAGUUUGUGAAAUUUCAACACACAAGUUAUAUUUCAGCACUAUUUUCAGAAGCAAUACAAUGUCGAUAUAUUAAAUUAUCUAAAUGGUCAACUUUACAAAGUUAACAUGUGCCUUCGAUAGUUAAAAACAACAUCUUUGUUUUAAAAUCUUUAUACCAACCUGAUCUGCCUUGAACAAAAAAAAUACAUAAAACCACGAAAACAGGUAUCAAAUCUACACUUUGACCUUGAUUUAUCAACGUCAAGUAUGAUGAUACUUACUAAAAAAUUCACCUCAUUUUAUCAUCCAAUCAUUCAUGUAUUCAUCAAAAACCCCAAGAAACAAGGCAUUGGUCUUUUGCUUACCGUUUAAGAAAACUCUUAACCUUUAAAAAUACAUUUUUUUUAUCAUAACAUAUGUGUACAUUUCAAUCACUAAUUUGUUAUACUUUCUAGGAUUCAUUCAUUUUUCAUUUUAAAAAUCUGGUUAGUCAGAAAGCGCACCUAGAUCAUUAAGUAUGUUUUUGGACAUUCUCAUCUUAGCAACAAGGAAAUAUUUCUGGUUAACACUAUAUAUACUAUCUUAACUAUUUUUUUAUACAUUGAAGUUUAAAUUUACACUUUUUUUAUUAUUCAUCAUAAUAAUAUUAUGUUAACAAGCGGACCAUGAUGAAUAUCUGCCUUGAACAAACAAAAAAAAUACAUAAAACCACGAAAACUAGUAUCAAAUCUACAUUUUGACCUUGAUUUAUCAACGUCAAGUAUGAUGAUACUUACCAAAAAAAUCUCAUCUCAUUUUAUCAUCCAAUCAUUCAUGUAUUCAUCUAAAAACUCAAAGAAACAAGGCAUUAGUCUUUUACUUACAGUUUAAGAAAACUCUAAACCUUUGAAGAUAAAUUUCUUAUCAUACCCUACGUCAGGCUACAUGUACAUUACAAUCACUGGUUUGUUAUAUUUUCUAAGUUUUAUUCAUUAUUCUAUUUAAAAUCUGGUUAAUUUGAAAGUGCACACAUUGAGUACAUUUUUGGACAUUCUUAUCUUAGAAACACGGAAAUAUUUCUUGAUUUACACUAUACAUACUAUCUUAACUGUUUUUUUUUAUACAAACAGUUUUACACAUUUUUGAUAAUUCAUCAUAAUUAUGUUAUAGAAAUAACCUUUUUUUUCAUUUGUAUUAACAGUUGAAAAACAAAUAUGGCUAAAAAUAUCAUUGAUAUUCCAAGUUAAAUUUAUAAAUUAUAAAUGACUAUUCACGUGACAUGGCUCCGAUAUUUCAAGGCAUAAAGACCCUUUGGCCUGCUGUUAUAGGGAUGUUGUCGGUUUUGUUUUUUGACAUUUUGGCAUUUUGUUUUCAAAACUUACAAAUUUUUCCUCUCAAUGUUGCAUCAUUGGUCAUAAGACUUAAAAUAGGUAUAUCAAUAAAAAUACAUCUACAAUUUAUAUUACA